AUGAACGAAGACAUCCGCUACGAAAUCGAAGCCAUAAACUCCAUCUACGGGCCGGACUCGCUCGUACCCGCCCCUACUACGACCACCACCACGAUAGGUACAGGCAAAGACGAAAAUGGCAGCGAGAUCUAUAUCCUUCACAUCCCUUCAUGCUCUCUGAGACUUAGAAUCCAGCUUCCGUUGAGUUAUCCGGCGUCGUCCCCGCCGGCUAUCGUUGGGGUUGAAGGCGUGGGGACUGUCGAGGGGGGGAAGGAUAUGGGGAAGGACAGGUUGGAGGUGGAUGUGUGGCGGGAGGUGCUCGCGCGGGUGUUUCGGCCGGGGGAGGUGUGUUUGUUUGAUUUUGUGGAGGAGGUUGCUAUUCAAAGGGGGGGGGAUGAGGCGGUCCUGAAUAUGGAAGUGGAAGAAGAUGUGGAAGAAGGAGAGGCAGAGGAAGAAGAGGAAGAAGGCAUCGAAGACGAUGCCCCCUUCACGAACCACGAUGUUGCAGACACAGACAGGCAUACGACGGAUCCCAGUCUAGAGAUACCGAUAGGAAUAGGGAUGGGGAUGGAUCUCCCCCCUCCUUGCUGGACGCUCUCCGCCGCCUCCACAGUCCACAAAUCCAUCUUCCUCGCACGCUGCGCUCCCGUCUCCACCGGCUCACCCGCUACCGCCCAGCGGUACCUCGCGCACCUGCUCGCCAGCGACAAGAAGGUCCGGGCUGCGACGCACAACAUCUCUGCGUGGCGCAUCCGUGGCCCGCCGAAUAGCAAGAACAGUAGUAGUAGUCUGGUCACGUACCAAGACUUCGACGACGACGGGGAGACGGCGGCGGGGGCGCGGCUGCUGCACCUGAUGCGGCUGAUGGACGUGUGGGAUGUGAUGGUCGUGGUGACGCGGUGGUAUGGGGGCGUGAAGCUGGGGGGGAAGCGGUUUAGUGUUAUUAAUGCGGUGGCGAGGGAGGCGCUUGUGAAGGGGGGGUUUGGAUCUGGGGGUGUAUCUGGGUCUGGUGUGAUGAUGAAAGAGGAGGGAAAGGAGGUGGGGAGGAGGAAGGGGAAGAGGUGA